AUGGAAGGACGAAAAUGGGAAGAGCUAAACCUAGACUGUUUGGUGAAUGUGUUUGGGAGAGUUGGGAUGGAGUCAUUGUUGUUGGAUGUUCCCUUGGUAUGCAAGCCAUGGUAUAAAGCUACCCUCGAUCCUAAGUGCUGGGAACAUCUUAUUUUUCCUGAAGACAUCAAACCUUGUAGCGCAUGGGAUUAUAUCUGCACUCCAUAUCCGGGAAGGAUAAUAAGUGAAUAUGGUCACCGUCACUAUAUCAAGGGCUUGACGGAAGUUGGAUGUCCUUUUCCUAUCACUGCAUUCAUGAAAUUCGUGAUUAACCGUAGUCGUAGAUGUGCUACUGAGCUUAGCCUCUCCUUCUGCUGCUGUGGAAAGGCAUUAAAGUAUGCUGCGAAUGAGUGUCCUGCAUUGAAGGCUUUGUCUCUCAAUAUUGCUGAGCGUUGCAUUCGAUCAUCUCUUCGACCUUCCCAAGAAGUAACUAUUAUUCCAAAACUGUUGAGCAACUGGAAAAACCUGGAAACGUUGGAUUUUGGACGAGGAAAUCACAGUGGGAAAGCCCUAGCGAAAAUCAGUCUUCAUUGCAACAUCACUAAGCUAGCAGCUCGAGGUACCAAUGUUGGGAGUGAAGUUGCUUCAGCCAUUGUCACCUCACUACCGAAGCUUAAGUACUUGGUUCUAGAGGGAUCAACAUUCUAUAAGCAGGAAUAUCUAGUGCUGAUAUUGCUAGGCUGCAAAGAGAUUGUUCAUUUGGACGUCAGGAAUUGCAUUGGCUUUGAUAAGAAUGAUGUUGAGAUAUUGGAGCUUGCUUCUCACAUUCCUGCGUUCAUGUGUGAAGGUUCUAUCUCUUUUUGA